AUGGCAGCCAGGGUGCUGUGGGGCAGCCUCGGCCUGCUCCGCCUGGUGUGGUGUCUCCUUCCGCAGACAGGCUACGUGCACCCAGAUGAGUUCUUCCAGUCUCCUGAGGUCAUGGCAGAGGACGUCCUGGGCAUAAAGGCCGCGCGGCCCUGGGAGUUUCACCCCAGCAGCCCUUGCCGUACAGUGGUCUUCCCACUGCUGACCUCUGGCUCUGCCUUCUGGCUGCUCAGGCUCUGGGAAGAGUGGGGGCCGUGGCCCGGCCCGGUGAGUGGCUAUGCGCUGCUGGUCGGGCCCCGCCUCCUCCUCACUUCCCUCUCCUUUGCCCUGGACUUGGCCGUGUACCACGUAGCCCCACGCUGGGGGGCGGAGCGCUGGAAUGCCCUGGUCCUGCUGUCUGGCUCCUACGUCACAUUGGUCUUCUACACAAGGACCUUCUCCAAUGCCAUUGAGGGGCUGCUCUUUGUGUGGCUGUUGGUACUGGUGUCCCCCCGUGUGACUGGGAGCUGCACGCCCAAGAAGCCUGCCCCAGGCCCGCUGUGGCACGGCUGGCUUCUCGGGGGUGUCAUGGCUGCUGGCUUCUUCAACCGGCCCACCUUUCUGGCCUUUGCUCUGGUCCCCCUCUUCCUCUGGGGCACUUACGGAGCCACAAACCCCAGCCUCAAGUCGCUGACCAAGGAAGCCCUGGUGCUGCUCCCGGGGGCGACCCUCACAGCAGUGGGGUUUGUGGCUGUGGACAGCUGCUACUUCUCCAGUCCAUCUAGACCCAGUACCCUUGUCCUUACACCUGCCAACUUCUUGUACUACAACCUGGAUCCCGUAAACCUGGCGAGGCACGGCACACACAUGCGGCUCACUCACCUGGCAGUCAAUGGCUUCCUGCUCUUUGGGGUGCUGCAUGCCCACGCCCUGCAGGCUGCGUGGCAACAGCUGCGAGCCUGCCUCCAGGCCUUCAUACAGAUGGGCUUCCCAAGGGCACUGGCUGCCCGGAGCCUGCAGUCCAGCCCCAGGUCUCACCUCCUGCUCCUCUACUUCAUGCCCCUGGCCCUGCUGUCUGUCUUUAGCCACCAGGAGGCUCGGUUCCUAAUCCCCCUCCUGGUCCCCCUCGUCCUGCUUUGUAGUCUACAGACCCAACUGGCACCCCGCAAGGGCACCCUGGUCCUUUGCAACGCCCUGGGUGCCCUCUUCUUCGGCUGCCUGCACCAGGGAGGCCUGGUGCCUGGCCUGGGGCACUUGGAGCGGGUGGUUCGCGCUCCUGCGCUCCCGCGUGUACCCACCCACUACACACUCCUCUUCACCCACACCUACAUGCCCCCGCGGCACCUCCUGCACCUCCCGGGCCUGGGCUCGCCCGUGGAGGUGGUGGACAUGGGCGGGGCUGAGGACCAGCUCCUGUGCCAAGCCCUCAGCAACCUCACCAGACAACCAGCCUGCCACGUGGCUGGUGGGCCGUGGCUCUGCCGCCUUUUUGUGGUGACCCCUGGCACCACCAGGUCUGCCAUGAAGAAGUGCAGCUUCCCCCUCAAGAAUGAGACACUCAUCUUUCCCCACUUGACUCUGGAGGACCCACCGGCCCUGUCCUCCCUGCUGAGUGGGGCUUGGAGGUACCAUCUCAGCCUUCACAUCCUGGAGCUGGGGGAGAAGCCUGACAAUAUGACAGAAAAGCCCCUGCCCAAGACUCAGCCAUAGGUGAAGGCACUGCUCCACCUUCUAGGUAGAGAGCUGGGCUGGGACAGAGACCUGACUCUCUUCCUUCCCUUUCCCUUCCAGAAUCCCCACCUCUCCUGUACACAGCCUUUGACUGCUCCACCUUCUGGGUAAACUGACACCCAUCUUCCCUCAAAAACCAAAGAUCUGACCAGUCGCAGUCCUGAUGCCAAGGUCCCCAAAGAACCUGGUGUAAUCAAUGACGCAAAAUGCCUGUUCCUGCCCUAUUCCUUCCAGCCACUGUGAUGUUUUAAACAUAUAAAUAGCACCUGACUGUGAAAGGAGACAACAAUCUCCUAAUGAUGUUCCUGAAUGACUCCCCCCAAACCUUCCAGGAUGCCUUACCUUUUGCUGUCAUGACAACCCUUUGGCUUCCUAGAUACCUGGAAGGAGGCAGUGUAGUGAUGUAGAAAGAGCAGGUAGCUCAUAUUCAAAGGAGUUAGUUCUCGUCCCUGGUCUGCUACACACUGGCUACGUAAUCUUAAGAAAGCCCCUUCCCCUCACCCAGCCUCAGUUUUCCAAUCUGUACAAGGGAUCAGAAGGUCUCUGAGGUGUCUGCCAGCUAACACUGUGUCAUUCCUGGGUCUGCAGCACAUGUUCCCUGGCCAGACAGGCAUGUCUCUCCCAAAGCUCUGUAAGCAUAGAAGUGGGUGUGCUGUAUUUAACGGUACUUCAGGGCCUACCGUCUCAGCGCUUGGUUAUUACCAAAAAAAGUAGUUCUGGAACUUUUCUCCCCACCCACUCUCUUACUCCUGUCCCUGAGAGAGGUGAUGGAACGCUUCUGCAUCUCACCCUUGAGGGAUCAAGGAGCCCAGAUGUUCUCCCUUCUCAGUUGGCCCCAGUGGGAAUGGAGAUAGAAGGCUCAGUCAGUAUUUGGUGGCACUUGAGCACAAAACCUUAAAUGUGGUCUGGUCACUCUCCAAGCUCAAAGCUUCUGUCUGAAGCCCCUUCACAGGAUCGAGAGCAGACCCCGGGCCAAACCCACACCCGCUGCCCUGGUGGAAGCCACCGCACCGGGGCGUGCUGCUCCUCACAGAACAGGGCACCCCCGCCCGGUCCGCUGGGAACACGAGGAGCUGUGGCACUAAGCUUGUCCUCGUUCUCCCUCCUCGCGGCCCUGCCAUCUCAUGAGAACAAGAGGCACCCAGGCCACUGAGAGCAGUAUGCUGGAGGAGCACAGAGCAGGAGGCCAAACCUAUACAACCGACCUAACCUGAGCGUUUUUCUAGUCCCGCCUUCUGCUGGCUAAAGCCUUGGGUCAUCUUAAAGCUCCACUCACCACAGGCAAGCUGCUCUGCGGCGGUUGCUAGGGUCCUAGUGCCACACGUUCCUCAGGACUCCAACCCCGAGGGAGAGGAAAGUCAGUGCCAUGCUAGUAAAUGUUUAGCAACCCGUUCUCUAAGGGCAAACUAGCCCCCAUUUGUAGUGUUUGCCGAUUUGUGUGGUGUAAAUACUCUCACCAUGGCUGGUUUCAAACUACUAAAAUGAUGUUACUCAACUUGGGAGGAGAUGCCAAGGAUCUCUCUCCUGAGCUGGCUGUAGCACACUCCCGGAUAUUUCCCUGUUUAAAACUCUAUAGUACCUGUUCAUGAUAGUUCAUUGUUCUUUUGGUUGGUUUGUUACGAACUUCAGAUUGGUCUUCCUACCUGUAGCGCUUAGCGUCGUCUCUGGCACCCGACAGCACUUAUUUACUCUGCAGCCAAAGAUGGCUUCUCUGCCCAACAGAUAAAACCAAGUGCCACCUUGAGACACCCCAGAUUCGAAGGUCCCAAAUUCCUCUGGGCUUCUUGGGACUUCUCUUUCCUUCUCCAGUUGGGUUCACACCCCCAGAAUUCCCUGCAGGAGCUGUUGGUGUAGCGGUCUGUGUAGACCGUAGUGGUCUGAGCGCUAACAAAUUUGUCUGUUGGUGUCUAGAUUUGUGUGGCACCAAGGGGUGAUUUGGAAUUGUCCUGCAGGAUAGUGGAGUGAGUUACUUCCCUGCUUCACUUUCUGACAAAGCUCACAAGAGCCUGAAAGGUAUGUUGGGAGAUUGUUGCCACUGGGGGUGGUGGGAAGAAUUUGGUCUGUUUCUUUAGUAAUAGGGUACCUGGUGGGCUGACAAGCCACUGACUACGAACACUGGAGGCUUCUCCAACGAAGCGGGGAGGCAUCCAAAUCUCCUCUAGCUGGAGCAGAAAGGACCCAGUUCUCUCUCUCUGCUCUCAGACUCCUUUUACAAAAACAGAGGGAACUUACUUAGUUCCUGCACACUUCUUCCACAAAAAAUAAACUGCCU